GUCUUGUUAGGAAACAUCACAUGUUUGUGCGCUCAGCGGCCCCAGAUUCAAUUAUUGGACAUCAGGGCAAGCAGGAGGUUCAAUUUGGAGAGCUAGACGGGCAGAGAGAGACACAAGCUCUGUCGGGGAACACGUAUUAGGCUACUAGAUAUUUAAUGUGUCUGGCAUUUUUUUGGAAAGAUUUGGACAGGACACUUUCCUGCUGAAGAGUGGAAAUGGAAGGCUUGCUAUUCGUUAUUCUCUUGGUUUGUGCCUGCGUUGUUUUCCAAGCUGAUGGACGCAAAACAUAUGCUGACAUGUUCCCCCACAAGCAUGCCAUGGCAGGGAAGAUACCAUUCCCAAUUCCACCAAUUCCUGGCUGGGAUCCUGACACCAACCCAUGGGAUGAUUACCUCUACCCUCCAUUAACCCCAAAGCCAAAGGAACUCAUGCACCACAAAGGUAAACCAAAGGUUCGUCUGACCAGCGACAGUCCGGCUCUCAAUGGCUCUAGCAUCACGUUCACCGCAAAGCUGGAGUACCCACCAUGCCAGAAAGAGGAUGCUAAUGGGGACCUUGUAUGGGAUGAUCACUGCGAGGAUGCCAAUGGACAGGUUCGUUCUGGUUACGUUUACAACUGGACUUCCUGGUUGGACGACUACGGCUUUGGAAAGUGUCCAGAUGUGACUAAAUGCAACGUGUUCCCAGAUGGGAAACCUUUCCCUCAGAGCAACGACUGGAGCCACAAGAGCUAUGUCUACGUGUGGCACGCAAUGGGCCAGUACCAGGAGACAUGUGACGGCUCUUCUUCCAGUUUGACCAUCAACACCACCAACAUCCCUCUGGGGGCAGAGGUCAUUGAGGUCAUGGUCUACAAGAAACGUGAACGCAGGAAGUACAGCCCCCUUACUACUGACAACACCGUCUUCUACAUCACAGAUAAGAUCCCUGUGGCAGUCGACAUCUCCCAGAAGGUUGCGGUCAACCAGUCCCAGAAUGUUUUCUUCCGCGGUGAGGACGUGGUCUUCACAGUACAGCUGCAUGACCCCAGCGGCUACCUCAAAACCGCAGCCGCCAUUGACUACAUCUGGGACUUCAAAGAUGGCAACCAGCUGGUGACACACCGUGAUGUGACCACACACACCUACAGCGCCCUGGGGAGCAUGAGUGUGAAGAUGGUGGUGGAGGCAGCGUUCCCUGUGGAGUGUCCGCCUCCCGCUUCCACCCCAACUCAGAGGAGCUCCACUUUACCACCUCACUCUGGUACUGGAAACGGGCACAGAGAUAUAGCCCUAGGUGCACAUGAGGCUCCCACACCUCCGCCCGGUACUCAUGCUGGGACUGUCAAGAUGGAGACCACCCAGGUGCCACCCAGGACCAGCACCAGCUCCAGGACCAGCACCAGCAAGCCCCUAACGUCCUCCUCUGCUCCCAUUGCCUCUACAACAGGCGUGCCCACCACGGAGCCCCUACCUCCUUUUGUUUCCGGUGCACCAGGGUCUGACCCCACGGCCCUGGCCUGGCUUCGCAACAAGCGCAGCAACAGCAACAGCAACAACAACAGCAACAGCAACAGCAACAGCAACAGCAACAGCAACAGCAACAGCAACGAGUGCUUCCGCUACGCCCAUGGGAUCUUCAUGGGCAACAUCACCAUUAUUGAGCCCAAGCACACACUGAGCAGCGAGCCAAACAGCCGCAUUGUGGAGGUCUCCGCUGCCAGAGUGACCAACACCGACAUCAGCUUCCUAGUGAAAUGUCUGGGCAACAUCCCCACUUCAGCCUGCACCAUUGUGUCAGACCACACCUGUACUCAGGUGCGCAGCAUCAUGUGUGACGACAUGCCGCCAUCAUCGCAGUGUGAAGUGCGCCUCAUGCGAUCGUUUCCAGAGCCGGGCACCUACUGUGUCAACAUCACCCUGGAGGACUCCAGGAGCCUGACCCUGACCACCACCACCGUCACCAUCAACAAGUCCCAGGAUGCACCUGUGUCCAAGACAUCACACCCUGCAGAGGUGGUGCUCUCUUCAACCGCCGUGCUGGUAGCCGUCUUUGCAUUCAUUGCCUAUAUGGUCUGCAAGCGUUACAAGGUGUACCGACCCAUUCGUAGGUCCCUGGUGGAGGAUGCCUUUGGCCAUGCUGGGGUCGGAGGUCGCAUGGUCCGUCUGAGGGAUGCUCUCUUCCCCUCCAGCGAGGAGAACCACCACCUGCUGACUGAGAGACGCCCCCUGUAGGCUCCAUGAAGCUGCACCAAAGCAUUUCAGCCCUCAAUGCUUAGUUUAAUCAUUAAAAAGUCAAGAUAGCAGAAUAAUGUUCAUGUCUAUAGAGAAAUACUAUUAAAUAAUGAGUUCUGUGUCCUAAUUUAGUCGUUAAAUGUUGGCUAAAGCUACUGCAGUGUAUGAUUGGCAAGGAGCUCUCAAAGUAGGCUAUGGAACUUUGGAAGAGGUAGUUGCUAAGAGAUGAACUGGGUUGAAGUAGUGGCCGUUUAUUGUUCAAAUGAAUCACUUUUGUGCAAACUGUGUGGCAAGUGCUGCUUUACAGUACGGUGUGCCUAUAACAGUUAAGUACGAAUUCCUUGAGAUGGUUUUCCAAUAUAAAAUGUAUACUACCAGUGACAUGUGCAUGUUGAAUGAAUUUCAAUUUCUUUAAUGUAAGAAGCAAAUCAAUGGAAACACUUGACUGAGGACUCUAAUAAAGUUUGUGAACUAACCA